CUCCUCAACAACUUCUCAGUGACUCACUAUAUAAUCACUCUCUUAUCAUCUAAAUUCUAAACCCCUCUCCUCCCCUCUCCCUUCAACAAAAACAAAAGGAGUGAGCGCGGCGCAAUGAACAAGAAGAAGUGGUCUGAUCUUCCCUCUGAACUAUUACCAUGCAUUGCGGAGCGUUUAGGCCUAAUUGAACUUCUUUGCUUCCGCGGUGUCUGCAAGGAUUGGAAUUCUGCCUCUGAAACAGCCUCAGCUGAGGUUGAAUCCUUACCGGAUCACGAACCUUGGUUUCUCCUCUACGGUGGUGGUGAGAAUUCACAAUGCCACUUGGUUACCGACUCAGGCAAAAAGUAUGCAUUAGAUAUCCCUGAACUGAGUGAAACAACAACUUGCAUUGCUUCAAACAAUGGAUGGCUUCUUCUACUCCAAGAAGGCUCAACAAUGUUGUUCUUCUGCCCGUUUUCACGGACAAAGAUAGAACUUCCGCAGCUGCCACAAUCUAAUCUCUCAUACCAUGUUGCUGCCUUGUCGUCUCCCCCUACUUCAGAAGACUGCACUGUUGCUGUCAUUGGCCAUGAUGAUGAAUUGAAACUCGAACUCUAUCUGCUUCAACGCGGGGCGAAUGCUUGGACCAGAUACGUUCCUCAUGCUUCUUACGACACAAGCAAAAUCAAAUGUGCUGCUUGUCAUAAAGGAACUUUCUACUUCUUCAAGAAUAAAGAUAAGUUAAUAACGUUUUCCCUUCAUGGAACAGAAUGGAAUUCAUAUCAGAUAGUAAGUCCGAGCUCCCCUGGCCCUGUGGAGAGAACUCUUCCAUUCAUUCAAGCUAAGCAAGAAUUCAAGAGAAGGAACAUGAACAAGUUGUUGGGUUUGGAGGAGGAUGUUUCAGUUUCUAUCUGUGGAACAAUUUCUCGCCAUGAAACUUAUGAUGAGGUUGUUUUUAAUGAGAUGAUCGAGGUUGCUGCUGCUGAUAGAGAAGAAGACAAGAUUCGUAACCUCAAAGGGGUAUGGAUCCAACCUCGAUUCUUCAAAAUUUCUCCGGAAUUGAGUUGGUGAUUUUGAUUUUUUUUUUUUGGAAGAUGAAAUUGGAAUUUUCUUUGUUCCUAGUACCAUAUUGAUAUUAUCAGAUGCUUUGAAGGUUUGCUGACAUUAUUAUGAUUACAACUAUAAGAGUUUUUUUUUUUU